CGGCGGCAGGUUUGCCUCCUGGCCCCAGGCUGCGAUCCGUGCCCCAGGGGCUGCAGCCGGCUGGAGAAACCCCUUCCCCGGCUGGGGGCCGCUCCCCGGCUGCCGGCGCGCAGGGGCUGGCUGGAGAGGGCCGGGCAGCGGCUCUGCGCAGCGCUGGGCGCGGAGAGCGGCGCUAAGACGCGGCGUUUGCGGGCUCGGGCCGCGCUCGGCUGCCGGCGGAGGGGCCCCGGCGCGGCUCGGAGACGCAGGCGGGGUCCCGGGGAGACUCGCAGCGGCUGAGCUCCCGCCUCGGGAACCGCGUCUCGCUCGCCACGAGCCCGAGCCCGAGCCCCGGGGAAGCUGCUGCCGCCUUUGUGCGUUUGCAGCGGGCUCGGCUCUUCCCUCCUGCCCGGCGAGUGCGCGGCGGCCGGGCCGGGCUCCGUGGCGUGGGGCCCCGUCAGCGGGGAAGCUGCGAUUCCCCCUCCACUGCCGAGCUGCGGCCGAGAGACCGAACCCGCCGCUGCCCAAGGAGAGCAGCCUCCGGCGGCCGGGAAUGGCUGGGGCGCGCCCCGCUCAGGCCCCAGUCACGUUUGACGACGUCGCUGUCUAUUUCUCCGCGGAGGAGUGGGAGGAGCUAGCAGAAUGGCAGAAGGAGCUGUACGAGGAUGUGAUGAGGGACAACUACGAGGCUUUGAUCUCCCUGGGACAUGCUGCCUCUAAACCUGACAUUAUCCAGCUGAUUGAACGUGGGGAAGAGCCAUGUGUCAAGGGUCACAAAGACUCUGGGAAUGGAAAAGCUUUUAACUUUAUCUCAGAUGCUGAGAUCAUGGGGAAGAAGGAGACUCAUCUGCAGAAGACUCUCAGGGGAUUGGAAGUGCCCAGGCUGUUCGCAGGGAGACCCACUGAAUGUGGCCUCCAGAGCUCGGACAGGGAAUUAGUCUGUCAGGCUCAGUCCAACUCAGAAGAUCAUCACGGAAACUUUCCCGGAAGUGGAGUGGAGCCACCUCCUCCUUGGCAAAGCAGGCUCACUGCAGCCACCUGGCAACACUGCUUCCUGGGAUGUAAGCAGGUGGCUCCCUUUGAACUCCCUGUGGGACUCCCGCGUGUGCUUGAGGGCAGGUUCUGGCCCUUGGAUGUCCUUGCUCCCCAGCCAUUCACUCCUGCUGAGACUCUGUGUAAACGCAUCCAGUGUGAGAAAUGGUUCACUCCGCCGCCAGCUGCUGGUGGUCACGGCGGGACGCCCAUGGGAGCGGAGCGUUCCAUGUGCCCCAAGUGCAAGGGGAGCCAUGGGGAGAGCUCGUCUCUUAGUGCACGUCAGAGAAUCCCCCCAGGAGAGAACCCCUGUAUAUGCACUUGCCGUGAGCCAAGCCCAGCCCAGCCUGUGCCCCAGAGACUCCCCUCGGGAGAGAACCCCUGUCUGUGCGCUCGUCGUGAGCCAAGCCCAGCCCAGCCCGUGCCCCAGAGGCUUCCCCCAGGAGAACGACUGUAUAGAUGCCCCAAGUGCGAGAAGAGUUUCUGCUAUAGGCAGGAAUACACAUGGCACCAGAGAGCCCACCUAGGCGACAGGCUCUUUAAAUGCAGCGGGUGUGAGAAAAGUUUCCACUCCAAGCAGGAGCUGGUCUGGCACCAGCGGGCCCAUGCAACAGAGAGGCCGUACAAGUGCAGAGAGUGCGAGAAGAGCUUCCGCUACAAGCAAGAAUUCACAUGGCACCAGAGAGCCCACAUGGGAGACAGGCCGUAUAAAUGCCCCACCUGCAAUAAGCACUUCCGCUACCAGCAAGAGUUCACGUGGCACCAACGGAGCCAUACCGGGGAGAAGAGCUACAAGUGCCUGGGCUGUGAGAAGAGCUUCCGCUACAAACAGGAAUUCAUGUGGCACCAGAGGAUCCAUGUGGGAGAGAACCCCUACCGAUGCCCCACGUGCCAGAGGACCUUCCACUGCAAGCAGCAGUAUGCAAGCCACCAGAGGGUUCACAGCGGGGAGAGGCCCCAUAGAUGCUCUGAGUGUGAUAAGGGCUUCAGCCGGAACUCAGCCCUUCUUAAACACCAGCAACUCCACACAGGGGAGGGACCUUACUGCUGUCUUGACUGCGAGAAAAGCUUCCGCCAGUGCGCACAUCUUCUCAAACACCAGAGAUCCCACACACGCAAGAGAGACCGGCUGGAUGGGCAGAAGCCUUCUGAGCGGAGGCAGCCCCAGCAAGGCCCUAGCAAGGCUGCAGGCAGAAAGACCCUGUAAACCCCCAGAGCCUGCAGAACGUUUCAGGGGGAGCGCUUGCUUUCCUGAGCAUCCGGGAGGCCAAAGCAGGAGAGGAGCUCGGCUGAUGAACCCAGCAUGUGAGAGCCUCAAGCACAAGCUGAAGUCACACAGUGCCACAUGGGAAAGAGCCUGGAAAGGGGCUGAAUGAGUGGAAAGGGCUGUAGAGUCAGAGUCCCUCGGGGAGCCCAUGAAAGACACACACAUGGCACCAAGUUAUAGGUCAGUAGGACUUCUCUUCCUGGACGUGCUCAGAUACUUCGGUGAUGGGCAGCAGGGUAGAACCCUGGAAUCCAGGGCUCUGUUUGGCUGCUGACUCUGUGCCUUAUUGUUACUAAAUGAGUAGCUGCUCCUGUGCCCCUGUGGCUAAGGUGCUCACCCGCUUUAGUCCUGAUCCCCGCACACUGCAUCGUCAGCCUUAAAUAUGCCAGGAGAUCUUCAUUGCCGGGGGGGAAACCAACAUGUUAAUGCAACAUUGUGGUGGAGGAUGUCAAUGCCAAGGAGUCAGGACGGUCGAAGUGCUGGGACUCGCAGCAACUCUUAGCUGAGUCCUCUGGAUAGCCAUAACUCACAACUGUAGGCAAGGUACUGGAGCGAUGAUGCUCUUCAAGCUCUCUUCUGGCUUCCACCCCUGCCCCAGAUACUCAGAUCAAACCGUUUUGCUGACACCCUGCAUCACACGUCAGAGUAAAGGAGCAGCUAUGUGGGUGUCUUGCUCACUGUUACUUUGCUCAAAUGUUGCACACGCAAGGUAACAGCGCCACCUCUAGAGGGCGAUCUCAUACUAACAUAAUGGGGCAUUUCUGGUACUUGCCAUUAUUUGAAAAUCAAGGUAGCUGGGCCGUGACCCACCUGUACCACUGCUGCAAAGAUCCCUCUGUGGGGAGGUCCUGAGCAUUGCAGGGGCUGUGAGGGCUCAAAGCACAGCUUCCCAUGUACCUCCAAGUACAAUCGCUUUUCUCACCAGCUCUCUUCCUGCAGCUUCGGCCCCUGCAUUAUUGUGCAGCCUGCGAUGUAGGAGCUGUAUUUCUCUGAGCGCCCCCCUUUCAGAGGGUGCUGCAUGCGCACCCCGUGCACCUCAGCAAGCUGACGGGGGCUCGGCUGUGAUCCUUCCUUGGCCCAGCCCCCUUGGGGAAUCGAACGCUGGAGCUAGAUUCACACAGUCCAUCGGCUCCUUCCUGGAAGUGCGGCUGGCGCUGUGCAGAGACGUUUUGGCUUCCUCUCACCGCGCAAAGCUGGCCCCAUCAGGCGUUUUCUCUACAGCAUCUCAAACCCUCUUCUCAUGCCAUAGUCAGAACUUUUCCUGGGGCUAAAUUCUGUUACACUGACUUCAGUGGUGUUUACGCUGCUGUAACUCCGAGCAGAAUCUGGCCCUUGACCUAAGAUCUUGUUCCUCCCUGGUGUUGCUCCAGGGCAGUGUGGUCAGUAGGAGUGGUAGCCACCUCUACUCCUUGUCCUGUCUCCACCGUCUUGUGGAGCAGGAGAGAUACCACAGGUGACUGUAGGAAAUGGGAUCUGCCACAUGUGGGGGGUCUGGACUGUUGCUUGUCCUGAUAUGGGCUGAAAUCCACUGGAUGCAUCCAAAUCACUGACCCACAGACUCUAGCUGGCCCACUGCAUGUUUCCGCCACACCCAGGCUCUAGAAGAGUGCUCCUCUCUCGGGCUUUAUUAAUUAGAGGGUAGUGGGAAGAUGAGGGGUAAGCACUGGCGUGAGACCCAGGAGACCUGGACUCAAGAUUCUGUGUGCGCCCUUGGCCCAGUCUCUCUGGCCGUAAGUCCCAGCUGCAUUGUGGGGAUAAGAGCAGGGCCUUGCUGCGUUGGGUGGCUGUGCACUGUUCUGAGGUACUUGGAUUCUGCAGGGAUGGGAGCAGGUCAGUACCUAGCCAGAUAUUCUCCACAGCUUGCUAGGCUAUUCCACUGUGCUUGCUGACUCCAUAGCAUUUCGCCUCCCUGUGCCCGGUAGGGUCUGCUGAAUGGGGUUGCUCAGUGCAAAUGCCAAUUCACUGGGGUUCCCUCCGCUAUAAAUACAUGCAACAAGAGUCCCUAAUGCCACUUCUCUUAUUAAAAGCAUUGUUCCUUUCUUAAUGGCUCCCUCCAUGCUGCUCUUCUUGGAGCCAGGCAUGUCUGUCCUCCCCACCUCCCCAAAAAAAGGCAGCUGGACUUCAGGAGUGCUUCACCCUGCUCCAUUGCACCCACCAGCUGCCUGCGCUAUGCUGUUGCGGGUGCCAUGAGGUACUAGGGGCCUCCCACUUAGGUAUCAUAGCAACUCUUAAUGAACGAGUGCUGCGCAGCCUUGUGUGCUUCCCCAGUGACAGGCCAAGUAAAGUUGUACAGGCCUUCCCCAAGCAUCGCGUACUGCGGACUCUUCUCGGUGGUGGAGCUGUAGUCUCUGCUGUGCGUUGGAUUGUAUGCUCAUGGGAGCAGGGGCCUUAUCUUCAUGUUUGCCUGUAAAGUGCCUAGCACAGUGUGGAAGCUACAAAAAUAAAUAGUAAUAUAUAAAAAACAUGCCCAUGGUACGAAAUGCACUUGGGCACAAAGCUACUUAUUUCUGUCUCUUUAGCUAGCUCACUGUCGCAUCAGGAGGAGUGACUGGUGGGUUUCCCUCUGUAUGCAGCAUUGGUGAGGCCAUUACGGGGUACUGUGUCCAGUGCUGGCACCUGUACUUGCCCAAAGAUGUUGGAAAAUUGGAAAGGGUUGAGAGAUGAGGCACUAGAAUGAUCCGAAGUCUGGAAAUCCUGCCGUAUAGUGAGAGACUUAAGAAGCUUGAUCAAUGUAGUUUAUUACUGAAGAGAUUAUUAUUAAAGGUUAAGAGGUGAAUUGAUCGUGGUCAGUAGGCAGGG